AUGACGCAAUCCCCGACACCAUCCACCAGCAAAUUACAUGAUGAUAAAUCAAUUGCACUGCAAAUACAUGACAUUAACUGCCAGGUGGCUCAGUUUCGAGAUCUGCUGAUUAACAUCGGACAGCCUCGGGACGGUCCUGAGCUCCGAGAACGUGUUCGCAAGCUGCGACGGAACUGCGUCGAGUCCUGCAAAUCUACUUCUCAGUUGGUUUUACCUCAGAUGCGUAGUGCGAUCGACCUUGGAAUACCAGCAGACAGCCCAAAUUUGGUUUUGCUCUUCUUUGUCGCUCAGCUUUUCCUCAGAGAGCUUUUCAAAUGCAAGAAUCUUGUACGGAUUGUUCCAAUGGAUAUGUCCGCUAGUAAAUCGGGACCAUCGAACAUUGGAAAUGUGAUUUCAUCGAUUUUACUAUGCAAGCAGAUUACUCCGAAUUUCAAUGAGGAGGAACUUUGUAGUAUCCGCAAAGACUCGGCGGAAAUAAGCGCUCUUGUUGCCGAGCUUCAGGAAUUCAUGCCGCAAUCUGAAGCUGAUGUAGGCAAAACAAUUGCUUUACAAGAUUGCUGUGCUGGCCUAGCUCGCAAUAACGGGGCCCGUAAAGGCAACAGGUGGGACAACAGGGCCGGAAAUCCGAAUUACUUCGGUGGUAGCUUCAACUUCCUCUGUUGUGCCUCGAGACCUAAUUACGUUUGA